AUUCUUAUAAUUCGCUCUUUCAACAAUAUAGUCUGUAGGAAGAUAUUUCGGAGCAAAACAGGUAGAAUAUGGCGCGAAAGGCUUAUUUGCUAGCGAAACGUGAGCGUGUGCGGUUGGCCGAUGAGUCUGGCGGUUUGCGAGUGAUUCGUUCGAUGAGUACAAUAUCUACAUGUGUAGAUAUGUACAUUUAAUAUUUGUGUGCAUAGGGAAGUGCUUCGAUUGAGUGCUUUUUGGAAAGUGAUUAAAAUACAUAAAAUGCCAAUUUGUUGCAUUCAGUAUUUGCCGACAAAGUGUUUAUUUAAAAAAUAAUAAAACAUUUCUCGAGAAGUUGCAAAGAUAUUGGUUUUCUACUAAAAAAAAAAAGAAUGUCCAAAAAAUCCGCACCUUUGAGUGUAGGUUCUAAAUUAAAAACAAAAACAACUACUACACAAGCAGUAACAGUAAGAGCUACAACAGCAGCAAUAGCAACAAGUUCCAAUUUGAACGAAGCGUCCAGCGAUAUUAGCAGCCUAACAACCAUGCAGGCGGUCAAAAUAAAAAAGGAGCUGCCAAGUGAUGAGAUAAAGGAAUACGCCGAGAACACAAUGAACGAACUGCUCGGCUGGUAUGGAUUUGAUGGUGUGGAUCGGCUUGAUUUGUCUACAAAAACUAGCCGUUUGCUGCAAUCGGCGGCAGUUGCUCAAGCAAACAAUGCUGCAUUGAGUGUUGCCAAUAACAACAGCAACAACGCUAACAACACAAACAACAACAACUCGGGUGGCAGUAAUAACAGCGCAAUAAGUCAACAACGGCAUUGCAUGGAGAAACGACGAAGUCGCAGUCGGGCAGCUACAUUAUUGCAAUUACAGCAGCAACAACAGAACGAACAUAUGCGUAAUAUAAUGAACAACAACAACAAUAACAAUAACAACAAUGGUAUUAUUAACGCGAACAACAAACAUAAUAACAACAGCAACAGCAGAAAAAUGGCGCUCAACUGUGGUAGCGGAAAUUAUCGCACCAGCAACAGAGGAAAUGCGAGCGGUGGAGGUGGCGAAAGCACAGCAUCGGAUCAUGAUACGCGUAGCUCGCGUGAGGAGGAUUCCAAGAGUCCGAUUUCAGCGGGAAAAAAUACUGUUUUGGAAGAGAAAAUUGAUCUCCAGAACUGCUGCUGGUGUCGCCGUCCUGUGCCUGACAACGCACCCGAGUUUCUUACCACUUCCGACGGCCCACGCUAUUGUUCUGAAUCCUGCUUCACGCAAUCUCGUCGCGCCUCUUUCAAAAAGGCCAAAACCUGCGAUUGGUGUAAGCACGUGCGACAUGCCAUCAGCUAUGUUGACUUUCAGGAUGGUGCCUCACAGCUCCAAUUUUGCUCCGACAAAUGCCUGAAUCAGUAUAAAAUGCAAAUUUUCUGUAAGGAGACACAAGCACAUCUGGACAUGAACCCUCAUCUGCGUGAACAAGGUCUGGAAGCGGUGGCGUCCGGCAACGGCGUCGGUCUCAUAACACCCGACUUAUGGCUGCGUAAUUGUCGCAGUCGUUCUGCUUCACCAGCGUCCACACUCUCCGUCUCACCGGGUCCGUCGGGUCCGACAGUAAUUAUACCUAAUAAUACCAGUUUAGCCACUGGCUCUUCGUCAUCACCGGCUUCAUCGGCUGCUUCAAAUUUGGGACACAAUGCCACGCCACACAAGCCCAUGAUCUCAGUAGCACCCGUAUCGAAACUCAUGUCGAAGAGUGUGGGCAUGUUGAGUUCAACGCCAGUGCCGACAUCGAAUCGUGUCUCACCGAAGCACAACCGCAAGAAACGACCGUUGCGUUCUAGCAUGAGCGUCAGCGCCGGUAAUCAUGCCGAUUUGUCCACUGCUGGCGUAAAAGGAAAUCACAGUGCAAUGGCGCGCGAUGUUAGCAGUUUAAGUGGUUCAACGACAUCUGCCGCAUCCAGUUUGCUAGGUAAGGCAAAGUCAUUGCUUGGUGCUACUUCGAACAGCAACUUACGUACAAGUCCUGGUAUUCAUCUACCGGUAGCUGGUGCUAGUGGAUCCAGCGCGAAGUCGGGCGCAUCCGUCCUAAGCCAAUUUGCUGGCUCCAGCGUGCAGGAUCUGCAUAUGAGCGUGCCGCCCCUCUCACCCAUGUUGGAACAACAAACUCCUCCGCAUGCACUGCCAUCACAUACGAUGAAUGCGAGCGGACGUAGUGCUACAAGCAUACCACCGGCUUUCUUCGCCACGCCGACUGGAGGGCAGCCACCGAACAGCGCGGUAUCACAUCAGCAACUACCACAUGGCGCUUUUCCACCACACUCACCACAUUUUCUGCCAAAUCCAGGAGCGCCAACAGCACCUGGUAUGCUUCCGAGAUUUUUCGGUAUAGGUGGAUACCCGACUUUUCCACUACCUCCGCAUGCUGUACAAACAUCUCCAGAUUUAUUGGGUGGCUUGGGUCUGGGAGCCUUAUUGGGUGCUCCUCCACCUGUUACGGUUAUGGUGCCAUAUCCUAUAGUUAUACCAUUACCUAUACCCAUACCAGUGCCGCUGCCAGUAAUGGACUUCUACAAGGCUUAUCUGUCGCCUGAAGAGCGUGCGAAAAUGAAGGAGAAAGAAGAGAACGAAACCAAAGGAGUUGUAGAUGAGGCGUCCGAUGCGAGAAAUAUAUCGGGUGAUAGUGAUUGUGAGCAAAAAAUCGAAGUGGCGGAAGAAGCUAUAAACGAAGAGCCAUUAGAUUUCACCAAAUCCAGAGAUUGCAUGCAUUCCCAACGUGUUGAGGAUCAGCAAGAAGAGCACGCAUCUAAUCUUAAACGCACUUUGUCCGAUGAGCACUUGAGGGUAACGCCGACAGCAUUGCCACCAGACACACCAGCUACACCCACAACUAAUGUCACCAUAACAACAGCUGUUACACCUUCGCCCGAAGACUCAUCGUGCUCCCCAACAACAUCCGUCAAGGCAACUCAUUGCAUAGUGCGCGCAGAUGAAUCGGAAACGUCCAGACGUGAUCUAAGCAUGAACAUAGAUGACUCAAACGCCGUUGGCGGCGAAUUGGACGAUGCAAAGCAAAAACUACCGAAGUUCAAAAUUACACGACUCCAAACGAAACGCACGCUCAUACAAACCAAAGAAUUACCCACCACCCCUACUACAGCUGCGGCCGAAUGCAGCCGCCCACUGCGCAAGCGGAAACGAAUAAUCGAUUGCGAUUUCCAAAAGUUUGCUCUGAGGGAGGCUACAACGUUGGAGGGCGAUGUUGAGGAGGUUGCCGAAACGCACAAUGUGGACGCUGAUACGAAGGCAACAACAACCAGUGUAGUAACAACAGCGUGCAAUAGCAAUACUAAAACGCAAAGCAAAAAAUAGAAAGUUUUGAAAAAUAGAAGUUGAUUUUUAGUUUUUAAAAUGUUUAAGAUAAUUUUUGAAUGUUUAUUUAUAAAAAUAGCUUAAAGUAAUUAAUGUGAGUUCAAAGAAUUUAAUAUAAGAGUUAAAAACUUUACUCAGAUAAAAUCGCAUAUGCUACAGAAGGCAUAAGCCGCUUAAAAUUUAGUUACGCUGAGAAAAACCGAAUGUUGUGCUGCAGUAAAUUUAAAAUAGUAUAGUAAACAAAAAAUAUUUAUUAGGCUCGACUUUUAAUCACUGAAAUAAUUUAAGUUAAAUUUUAAACUAAAAAAUAAAUACAAAUAUUAGAAAGUGUUUAUCUUACUUUUUCAUUUGCUUUCAAGACAAAAUAAUUAUUGUAUUGGUGAGUGUACUUAAAAAGUUCUACACCGAAAGAAAUAGAAAUACACAUUUAUUGCUUGAGUUUUUUAUUGAAAAAUUACUUUUCUACUACCUUAAUACACCGAAUCUCAUGCUUAUGGGUAUGCAAUUAUAUAUAAGGUUAUAUAAAAAUUAGUUUAUAUUCUGAUAAUGUACAUAAGAAAUAUUUUGGAAAAUCAGUCAUAAAGAAAACAAUAAAUGUCUAAUAAAAAUCUAAA